CGUGAUGGUGCUACCUCAGUUAAGUGCUGGCAGGUUGCACCCGGCUGGUCGGCUUGAACAGUAAAUGAUCGACCGGCAGGAUGGAUGGAAGCAAUAAUAACAGUAGCAGCAGUAUUAUCACCUCUGCAAUUCUAGCUAUUGAUUACAUGGAUUCCUUACUCCCCGAAAACCCUUUGCAACAGCCUUUUAAAAAUGCAUGGAACUACAUGCUGGACAAUUUUACCAAAUUCCAAAUUGCUACUUGGGGUUCUCUUCUGGUUCACGAAGGCGUUUAUUUUUUGUUCUGCCUACCGGGUUUUAUUUUUCAGUUUAUUCCAGCCAUGCAGAAAUAUAAAAUACAAAAGGACAAACCGGAGAGUAUUGAGAAACAGUGGAAGUGCUUCAAAGUGUUGCUGUUCAAUCACUUCUGCAUCCAGCUGCCUCUGAUCUGUGGUACUUACUACUUCACUGAAUUCUUCAACAUUCCAUAUAACUGGGAGAACAUGCCACGAUGGCAGAUCAUUGCAAUGCAAUGUCUGGGUUGUGCUAUUAUUGAAGACACUUGGCACUACUUCCUGCACAGAUUGCUGCACCACAAGAGAAUCUACAAAUAUAUUCACAAAGUUCAUCAUGAAUUUACGGCACCAUUUGGCAUGCAAGCUGAAUAUGCCCAUCCAGCAGAGACACUCAUCCUCGGAAUGGGUUUCUUCAUUGGCAUUAUGAUCUUCUGUAAUCAUGUGAUCCUCCUUUGGGCUUGGGUGAUCUUUCGUCUUCUGGAAACAAUAGACGUACACAGUGGUUACGACGUUCCCUUGAAUCCCUUGCACUUGAUUCCAUUUUAUGGUGGUUCCCGUUUCCAUGACUUUCAUCACAUGAACUUUGUUGGAAAUUACUCUUCAACUUUCACGUGGUGGGACAAGCUGUUUGGAACAGACUCUCAGUUCCAGAUGUACAAAGAUAAAUUGAAGGAAAUGAAAAAGGACCAAUAAUAAGUACACAAUCAACAAAAUAAAAGCAUAGCAAAUCACUAUAAUCCAGGAAAUUGAGGAAUCUAAUCAACCGCUGAACUGUUUGACAAAUUGAUGCUCUUAAUGGGUCCUGAUAGCAAAUUUUAUUUUGCUACCAUCUUUUAACAGAUAAAAUAUUUUAAACAUUUUUCCUGGGGAAGCAGUUGUGUUAAUUGGACACUUGUUCAGACAGAGUCCAUGUUUCUCAUGAUAGCUAUAUUUUAUUUUAUGUACCAAAUGCAUUCGUUCUCUCAGUUUAUUUGAAAUUCCCUGCAAAAUUUUGAGAGAACUGCCUCAAAGUUCUUUCUCUUUCUGAAAGGAUUGUAGGGAAACGUUUUUGUGAUUAUUUGUGGUAUUGAAACUUUCAAUGAAUUAGCCCUUUUUUUGCAAUAUUUCCACAUUGUUGUAGAAAAUAGCAAUUUUUUGUGAACAUGUGUUAUGCACUAAUUUGAAUUACCUUUUAAGGUUUGAAUUUCUGGAAUAACAUCUUGAAGUAUUGAAAAUCUUCUAAGCACCAAUUACAAUUAAUGAUUUCUGUCUGUCAUAAAUGACAUAACAUAAUACAACCAUAUGUUUCCAAUCAAUAUGUAUAUUUGCUUAUUGUGAAAUAACACCAAAUUUUAUUAAUAGCUUGUAAUAUUUUCAUUUGGGCAUUCGGGAGUGUCACUUGAUUCAGUGUUCCAAAUGUUGCCUGCGCUACUGUCAAGAACUGCAGCUGACAUGUUCUACAAAGUUAAACCAUUUGGCUGUCUUUAUCAGCAAAUGUCUUUGGUUUUAGGGUCAUAACAUGGAAGGAGGCCCUCCCGUAUGUAGUGCCCACAUUGGUCUUCAAAUAUCUAGUUAUUCUUGUCUCAUUUUCCACUACUUGGCCUGUAGCCAUGUAUGCUGUGCCAUUUUGGGCAUUCACCUCUCUUCAUAGGGGUAAUGCUUCAGACCAGACAACAUCCUAGUGAAUCUCCUCUGCAUCCCCUCAAGUGUGAUCGCAUCCUUCCAAUAUUGCAGCAACCAGAACUGUGCACAGUAUUCUGGCUAUGAACUAAUUAACGUUUUCUACAGCUCCGUUGUAACCUUCCUGAUUGACUACUAAAGACAAAUAUUCCAUUUUCCACUAACUCACCUUCUCUACUGUCCUGCUGUCCUCAGAGAUCUGUGAACAUGCACACCAAGGGCCCUCUGACUAUCUGUACUUCCUAGGUUCUACUGUUCAUCAUGUAUUUCCCUCUUGUUGGUCUGCAGAAAAUGCAUCAUCUUAUACAUUUCAGGAUUAAAUUCCAUUUGCUACUGCUCUGCUCAGCUAACUAGCCUGUUUAUAUCGUCCUGUAGAUUUUUAUCCUUGCUAUUUACCACAUCUCCAAUUCUCAUAUCAGCUGUGAACUUACCUCCUUCAUUAAUAUCCCAACAAUUAACGUGCACUACAAAUGCCAAGGGACCCAGCAGGAUGGCUUCCAGUCACAAAAUCAACUUUUGGCCAUCACUCUGUCUCUUCCCACUAAGCUGAAUUGUUAGACAUACUUAUCACAAUGUUUACGUUUAUUUUCUUACUGGGUAAAUCACACUAAUGUUUUGUAAAAUGGAUCAAGCUUAGUUCAGAUGACAUCACUUGUUUACAAGAUAAUAAAAUGUGAGGCUGGAUGAACAC